CAGAGACAACUGCGGGGGCGGAAAUUCCAGUCGACUCUAUGUCAGCAUCAACCCAACGAUCAACACCCAGCUGACCGAGCUGAGAACCACUGCAGACUUCUUACCUCUGCUCGGUCGGUGUGUUAUUGUUUGCAAUAAGGUUGUCGAUAAUCUGCUGUGUUUUUCUCUGUAACUCCUACGACCUGGAACGCACGUCCAACUCACUUGGGGAGUCACCUCGAUUACUGAAACAGACCGAGCCCGUCUCGUAUCCAGUUCUCAGGCCAGCCACCGACGAAGGCUCAAACCUCAAUUUCCCCGUUCCUGUCUUGCAACUCGACUUCUUCUCGACUUCAACACUCCCACGAUCUCCUCGCCACAGUAUAGAGAGUCACAAUAUUCAACAUGGGAGAAUCACAAGCUCAAGACUUGAACGGUGUUUCAGAUGGUUCCUUUCGAAGGCCAGAGAGUGCCUUUCGUAACACCAUCUCUUCUGAAGCAGGAGCCCAAUAUCCUCCAGAAAAGGACCGCUAUGCUCUCUACGUCAACUAUGGAUGCCCUUGGGCACACCGUACCAUCCUCGUCCGUGCCCUGAAGUCUCUCGAACCCGUCGUCGAACUCAUCUGCACCGAUAUUGACAUGGGCGACAAUGGCUGGUUGUUUACAGGCAGAAAUGGAUCCUCUCGAGCCGACCCUCUAUAUGGCUUCACGAACAUGCAACAACUGUACCUAAAAGCCGACCCCAACUUUGUGGGCCGUUACACGGUCCCAGUGUUAUGGGAUAAGAAGACACAUACCAUUGUGAACAACGAGUCCAGCGAGAUCAUCCGGAUCCUGUACAGCGCAUUCGACGACUUCCUCGAGCCAGACCAGCGUGAAAUCAACAAACCCGGCGGAGGGUUCUAUCCACCACACCUGCGGACGCAGAUUGACGCCAUGAACACGUGGGUAUACGACACCAUCAACAAUGGGGUAUACAAGUGCGGAUUUGCCAAGACGCAAGAAGCAUACGAAGAAAACCUCUACCCACUGUUCAAAUCGCUCGACCGAAUCGAAAGCCACCUAUCCAACCCUGCGCAUCAGCCAUACCUAUUUGGCGGGCAAAUCACCGAAGCCGACAUUCGGCUGUACACGACAAUAGCGCGAUUCGACGUAGCAUACCACAACAUCUUCAACUGCAACCUCAAAACCAUCCGCCACGACUACCCACACAUCUCCAAAUGGUUGCGAAAUCUGUACUGGGAUGACAGCGACCGCACCAACCAGGGUGUGUUCAAGAAAACAACCUUUUUCGAACUCUACAAAUGGGGCUACUUGAAGGCGAGACUACGGGCCCUUAUCGGGAACACUGCGGCGGCAUCUUUCCCACUGAUCAUCCCUCGUGGCCCACAGCCGGAUAUGCUUCCUUUGACAGAUGAGGAAGAGGCGGAAUUGAUCCAAAGUACCACGCGCAAGCUCAAUGGUUUGACGCUGGACUCGUCAGCAGCAGCAGCAACUGCCACCUCGCCUCACGCCAACCCUUUUUCGGCCGCCCCAGGAGGUGGCAUGGGUGCUCUGUUUGGUGCGGACAUUGAUUCGCCUACCGCAGAGGAAACCGGCUCCGUUACUACUGGGAUUGGCUCGACUGUUGCUAGUCCCUCGGCCAAGAGUAAGGUCGACGACGACGAUGGAGAGACUGGGUUUGACGAUAAUGGUGAAUUCCACCCUCGACGUCUCAUUAAGCGGAGAACUACCUACAAUGAAGAAAACGCAAAAUGGUACAAGGCUGCCAAACGUGCGGAGAAGAAGUCGGGUGCUCCCAACAUCCAUCUCGCAUUGUGAUGUGAUCUUGUGAUGAUUCUCUGAGACAACCUCGAGUGAAUGAUUGUAAAGUGGCUCAUUGGAGGGUCGACUCGGUCUGUUGUUCCUUCCUGGUCAAUGAGAAAAAGCGACAAGAAAAAGCUGUGUCCUCUUUGCUUGAUGACCCUUUCUGAUCUACUCUGCAGACGCUUGCCAGGCAAAGGGCAAAUAGCAAGAGAGCAAGGAACAGGAAAUCUUUGGUUACUCCCUCCCUCCCUCCCUCUCUCUCUCUCUCUCUC